CUUUUCUUUAUUCUUCUUUCUUUCUUUCGUUGGUGUGCUUGUUUCUUUAUUCCUUUUCUAUACUAUUACAGAGAUGACGACUUCACUAAAUCAUAAUCAUGCUAUUGAAUCUGAUGAACAGUUGCUGCGAAGGAUUCGAGAAGAGGAUCAUGAUACAGAAGACGAAGAACCAGUCUUGGGUGAGAAACGGGCAAGCUACAGUCUCGAGACUCCUCCUAUUGUGAAUAUCCACGGACAAAGUGUACGAAACGACGUCUUGGUCGCAUUAUUAGAUCGACCCCGUGAAAUGCAAAUGUUGGCUCAACAUAAUGCCGAUUUCUAUACGGCGCUUCGUCACUAUAUUGAAGAAGUCCAAGGUUCAGAGGCAUGGCAACAGUUUCAAGAUCUCGUUUACUCGCCACGAGAGAAGAUUCCAGACCGUCUAUGGAUGGCUAAAAUUAGCCAAUUCCUUUCGCACAAUCCCGUAUUCCUGGGAAAGUUUAAAGAAAGCGUUGGAUACGAUGACGAAGCCGACAUGGGUGCCGACGAAGAGGAGGAUGUUGAUGAAGAAUACGACGCCUUUGACGAAGAAGAAAAUGAGAUGGUGUCACCAUUGACAAAAUUCAGUCAUACUGGCAGUGACUUCUCCGGUGAACACUAUCCAUCGCAUCGUCGUCGACAGUCUUCGCACAACUCACUUCACUUUGACCCGCAUCCGACUAUCACCAGUCCCACGUUGCGCGAAGGCGAAGAACAUUGUGGCAUUAAAGAAAACGGAGAAAUUGGCAGUCUGCUGACGCUGAGAGAUAAUCCAGACACCCAGCGGACAUUACCCUUCAUAUUCCCUGCAUUUUUCAGAAAAGUGGAAUUGCUAAUGUCCCCUUCCACGGCCAAGACCACUCGACGACGGUCCAGCCGAUUAGCGGAUAUGAAUGUAGGCGAUGACGAAGAUGCUGAAUACCAACCACGGCAUCAACAGGUAUGCGACGACGACGACCAAGACAUCAAUCCAUACGAUCAAUUUGUCCGAGUACUGUGUACAUCUCGACAACAACAGCCCGAUGACGGUGCAUGGAUAGAAAAUGUUUUAGCCAGCCUUGAUGGUUGGCCUAAUAUUCUGGAGGAAUUGCUGGACAUUAUUCAAACGGCAGUCAGUCGAAGGCACGAUUAAUAUAUACUUGUUCCCAUGGUUGUAUUGAUUCCACAAGUCAGUUCAUAAGUGCUUGUAGUACUGAACGGGAAGUCUUCCUCUUAAACGCGGUUUAUAUAGGAUGACGUACGGUUGAUAUUAUAUAAAAAACAUUUGGCAAUAAACUUGAGAAUGGUG